AUGACCAACUAUUCACACAAAAAGGAUAAUGGCAUAAUUCUUGAUCCCGAUGAUCACUCAAAUGCACUUCAGGGUCAUGGUCGUGCUCAGCUUAACUUUACGCGUAGCUCUUUGAUUGCGUUAGCCUCCUUAGCCGGCCUCGGUAGUGCUGCAUUGGAUACCAAGCGCGCUGGCCAAGGUGGCGAACCGCUGAGCGACGUCGAUGCUCCUGUGUAUACUUUGGAUAUACCAUAUAAUGCUGCUACGUCUCUCACAGACGUGACGUGGGAAACUAUUACGGUACAACCUACAGCAGAUAUCCCAAAGACUUCAACUGGUGUUAUCAUGGCUCCCCUUAGCUCGAAAGGAGACCAAUUUUAUUAUCAAGGUGGGCUUACUUGCCCUGGAUGCCCUACAAAUCCCGGUUACGUUUUUGAUUUGAACCAGAAAUCCUGGCGUAAAGUAAACGACGAGCCUCUCAAAUAUGGCGCUCAUGCACAUCUCGUGGAUGACGCAAUCUAUUAUUAUGGUGGCUACAAUAGUCAAAUGCAGUUUGGCAAUGCAACCAAACCAGGUGUGAAUCACCAGUUGAUUUCCAUCGAUACCAAGACUUUUGCUGUGAAAGGAUUAGAGUCGAUUACCCAAGCCUACCCUCCAGGACUUCUUUUCGCUGGUUCCAUACCUGAACCCGACGGUGCUUUAUUCGCUAUGAUUGGUGGAGUUAUUCAUAACCACGAUGAUAUUGCAGAACGAAGAAAACUAGUAGAUAUGGUACCCUUGUACGCGAAUCCUUUUGAUAAUAGCUACCUGCAAAUGGUGCUUAACAAUAACACUGCAAUGCCAGAGCCAAGAUUAGGGCACACGUUGAUUCACAGAACUUCGAAUGAGAUUGUACUAUUUGGAGGAUGCAAUUUGGUUCGUAUUGAUGAUUAUAUGGUUGUCCUCUUUGGUAAAAAUGCCGACGGCUCCUAUGUCAACGACCCAGUGGUGGCUCUCGAUAUGCAAACAUGGGAAUGGACCAAUGAGCUCCGCUUGGGUACCGUUCCUACACCAACUGCGACUCCUAAUGCUGAUGGCAGUCCAACGAACGGUUCUCAUAUCACAGACGACGCUACUAAGGAAAUUACUGCACCUUCUGGUUUAGGUGGUGGAGCUAUUGCGGGUAUUACCGUUGGUGCAGUCGCCGGCGUUGCUGUCAUUGCUGCUGCGGGCUGGUUCAUGUACAGACGAAAACAGCCACGCCAAGGAAUCAGUCAAGAGGAAUACAUCUCGGAAGCAUUGAAAGACCGCCAUUACGCAUCAUACCAUGGACCUGAUCAUGGUGGCCCGAUUACAUUGACACCCGUUGAAAUGAUUCAAAAGCCAGAGGGUUUUUAG